AUGGCGGCACCUCCCGUCGUUCAGUACACGCAUGCGUCCAUCGCCGAGCGCCGUAUCAUGCGGAAGAACGCCAUCCCAGAACAUGCCUACACUGGGUACGUUGGUUGUAUUCAUCCUGAUAACGACUUUGCCUUUUUUAGGUACGUGCCAAAGGACACACGCGAACAGCCCGACGACCCCAAGCCGGUGGUUGGAAAGAUCAAGCAUGCCAUUGUGGGCUACCGAGGUCAUCGUCACAACAAGGAAGCCAUGAUCGGCACCACCUUCACCCGUGGGUUAGAAAUUGUACCACAACCCGUUCGCCUUCGAAAACCCUACGCCAUGCCACAGGCAAACAAACAGUUGCCCAUAUCGGCGUCAGGGUACGGAGGGUUCGACAAGCUGUCUGGAUAUGGCCAGUUCCUUUCGAGGAGCCAAGCAGGCAGACAAGUGGCUGACGCAUCAGGUUAUGGGGAAAUGGACAACGAGACCCAGUACGGGCAGUUUGCAGCGCCCCCAAGGCCACACGAUGACGUGCGGUCAACCUAUGGGGAAUUUGCACAAGCCAGCAAGUACGGACAGUUUGCUCCACCUCCAUCUGCGUCAGGAUACGGCAAAUUUGAGAAAAUGAGUGGCUACGGGCAGUUUGCUCCACCUGCAGCAGAGUCAGGAUACGGCAAAUUUGAGAAAAUGAGUGGCUACGGGCAGUUUGCCCCACCUCCAGCUGCGUCUGAGUACGGCAAAUUCGAGAAAAUGAGUGGCUAUGGACAGUUUGCUCCACCUCCAUCUGCGUCUGAGUACGGCAAAUUUGAGAAAAUGAGUGGCUACGGGCAGUUUGCCCCACCUCCAGCUGCGUCUGAGUACGGCAAAUUCGAGAAAAUGAGGUACGGAGGGUUCGACAAGCUGUCUGGAUAUGGCCAGUUCCUUUCGAGGAGCCAAGCAGGCAGACAAGUGGCUGACGCAUCAGGUUAUGGGGAAAUGGACAACGAGACCCAGUACGGGCAGUUUGCAGCGCCCCCAAGGCCACACGAUGACGUGCGGUCAACCUAUGGGGAAUUUGCACAAGCCAGCAAGUACGGACAGUUUGCUCCACCUCCAUCUGCGUCAGGAUACGGCAAAUUUGAGAAAAUGAGUGGCUACGGGCAGUUUGCUCCACCUGCAGCAGAGUCAGGAUACGGCAAAUUUGAGAAAAUGAGUGGCUACGGGCAGUUUGCUCCACCUCCAGCUGCGUCUGAGUACGGAAAGUUCCAAGACACGAGUAAUUAUGGCCAGUUCGCUCCGCAACCGCCGUCCAACAAUGCCGAGAAUGCAAGUGGACACCGCCAAGGUGCUGCCGCCCUCCCAAACAAACCCAUCCCCCAAGACCGGACCCGUGACAGAGGGAAGGCGGAGACGAUUCCCACAAGUCAUGUUCGUCCAGAAAACCCACCUCACGACCAACUAACUGACCCCCACAAGCCCCCCCUUCGAGCACCCCGCCCCCCUCUCAACGAGAUUCAGUUCGACGAUUUGUGUCGAAACGAAGGGCUUCGAGACGCGUACAUUCGCGUGCUCCGACGCGUGGGUGGGGCCCCGGUGGUGGCAUCGCUUUUUCAGAGGAUUUCCAACGUACUGCGACAGCAAAAAGGCUCCAAGACGGAAACCAAGCAGCGUGUCAAAGUCGCCUUUGAUUUGGUGGUAUCCCGAGGUCUCAACAUCAUCUGA